UGGAACAAUUACGGUUUCAUUUUGCCAAAGCCACAUUGUCCUUACUUGCCUCAUCGAAUUAUGAUGUUCACCCCUCAUCACAGAAUUCCCCAAUGCCACCGCCAGAUACAGCUCCAGUCGUUCGUCAUACCUCACACGCUGAUUAUCGCACGGGGGAUCUAAAACUAGGCCGCAAUGCCGUUCUCGCUGAUUUGGGAAGGUAUCUGCAGGUUCCAUUCGAUUGCCUAGUGAAAUACGUUGGUGCCAUGCCCUCUCCGCAGGAUCUGCAGGAAAUACGCAACAAGUUGACAGAGAGCGAGAUUCUCACCGACGACGAGAGGGGCUUGCGAUGGACGGACCUUACCCCACCUGCCUCAUCGAAAGAGUCCGAAGAGAAUGCGUUUAAGCCCCUCGGUAGCAUCAUCGCUGAAAUUAUGGUACAAGUCCCGAAAUGCGGAGUGUCCUUCCUAGCGAACCCAAACGGAACACCCCUCUCGGAGCGCAACAAUACUUCCAGGCCUGAUGGAUACCUUGUAGUUAACAAAAAAACCGUGCCCAAGAUACAUUGGUUCGAUAUUGCUGUGCCAUUCGAGUUCAAGAAGGCACAGAAUAUCGAUUCUCUCCGAGAUGACAAACAGAAGAUAAUCUGGAGCCUUCACAGUAUCAUGCGCGAAGAUCCUCUUCGUCGGUUUGCGUUCGGUAUCACAAUCGAGGACACGCAAUUGAGACUGUGGCUCAGCAAUCGCGCGCUCCUUGCGGUUACAGAACCUAUCAACUUCUUAGAGAACAUCGAUGGUGUUAUCUCGCUCUUUUACGCUCUUGGAUCUGCGUCUGCGUCUACUAUGAAAAUGCUCGGAUGGGACCCCACUGUCGAGCGGAUCCGCGAUGGGAAGGAUUUCCAAUACAAGUUCACUGUCGGGGACGAAGUGUUCACCACGACAUGUGAACUUGCAACUUACGGCGCAGACUCUAUGGUUGGGCGUGGAACUCGCGUGUACGAAGCCACAGACGCCGAGGGAAAGAAGGUUGCCAUCAAAGAUUCAUGGAGAGAAGCUGGACGUCAAUCAGAGGGCGAGAUCCUAGAAAACAUCAUGGUUUCCUGUGCGGAUGCGCUGCAACCGGAUGAGUUGGAAGAUGCCAAGAGGCACUUCGUUGGAGUCCGGCUCUGUAAGGAUGUCGAAAUCGACGAUACCCAAGACGAGACGCUGGACCCGAAGGUUGUAGAAGAGUAUAAUCAUACCUGGGUGUCCAUCGAUCUCAGUCCCGUCCUCUCCACGAAACCACAUUCAUCUAGCACAGGCAAUAUACCUGACUCUGGUCGGCUGUCUGCCGUUCUUCCCACACGAUUGGGCAUUAUUGCGCGAAAAGACAUUGACAUCCCAUGCAGAGUCCAUACUCGCACUGUCUUCCAUGAUGUCGGAGUCACUAUCAAGGAACUCACCUCUUUAGUCGACAUUCUGACUUGCUUGUCCAACGCACUUAAGGCCUUGUAUUAUUUGCACAAAGCAGGCUGGGUUCAUCGCGAUUUCAGCGUCGGGAACACAUUUUGGGUCGAGGGUAUCGGGAAAUUGGGUGACUUCGAGUACGCGAAAAAGAUAGAUUCAAAGACUACUCAUGGUGAUGUUCGAACGGGAACAAUGCAUUUCAUGGCGGUGGAAGUAGAACACCAGAAUUAUUUAUUCCAAACUAUCGACACCCCUUCGCUUGGUAGCUCCCUGAUCACCCCUCCAUUUCGCAUGAAUUUCCUGCACGACAUCGAAUCUGUAUGGUGGGCUUUUACCUGGAUCUUCUUCUAUCACACGGACACAACAACAGCGAACGCCGGCCAUCGCUUUGAUACUCAGUGGCAACAAUUCCAGUUGGCCUUCCCUGGUGCGGUCGGCCACACAUCACGCCAAAACUUCUUCGCCCACAUUCCAACACUCCACAAGAGCUGCAACGCUGUCCUUUCAAAGACGUGCCUUGAUGUUUUCUCUGAUAUUACUCAUUUCGCAAAAGCUCUCCACGAUGGCUAUCGAACGGCGGAGGCAGGGUAUCCCUCGGUAGUGCUUAGCGACGCUCUUCGGGAAGAUAUGCAUGUAAAAGCUGCAAAAUAUCUCCGUGGUGCGCAAGACCGUGCGAAAGACCGUGCGCAUGCUGGGGUUAUAAAACUUUGUCCGCUCCCCAACCUCCUGAAGCAGAAGAGGCCCAGACCGGGAGAUGAGACAUCGACUCCGUCAAAACAUCAAGGGAAGAAGCCUCGACAUGAUUGAUUUUUAUUGUUUGUACGAGAAAGAACCAGGAGAUGGUAGCUUGGCGUCUCGUAGCAGCUCUACUGUGACUUCGUGGUUACCAGUAAUAAGAAUGUUCAUUGUACUCAAUUAUGAGCAACUGCAUCACUCGAUAGCGGCCUUAGUUGUUUUUCAGCUACCGUGGAUGAAAUACCGCAAGUCGCAGAAUUACAAUCCCUCAUCAGAAAUACAACCUAGACUUUUAAUUUGAACUACUCACAAACAUGAUAAUUCCUACUAAAGACAGAGUUCAAUAUGAUUUUUCCAUUU